UUUUACAAGCUAAAAGCUCAAGUGGAGCGAUCUAUGGGCUUCUUGCAGUUUACCAACACGACAAUGGCCGAAUUGUCCGUAUAGGAUAUUUUUUAUUGGCCCGUACGUCCCAACCUGCCAUGUCUUUGGUUUUAAAAAUGGCGUAUACAAGCUUUUUGUUUGCCGGUGUACGCUGUUGAAUACUUUCCAAGACCUCGCGUGUACUCGGAUAAGACCUAAACGUCGUGAAUAUGAAAUUAAAGUACAUGUGUAGGUAUAUAAUCAACUCUGUGGACCCCGUGAACGAAAUUUUGUAGCGUUAUGGUGAAUUAGAAUGGUGCCUGUGGCUUGUCAAUCUCGCACGUCGUCAGGUUACCCGUUCGUAACGUAAAUAUCACCCAGCGAGCGUUUUAUAUUUCAGAUAUGUCAGCGUCGCAAAACAGUAGAUAAUGGAGAGUUCAGAAGAUGAUGCGGGCGCAGCGACGAACGCUUCCCGCCGUGCAUCGGCGCGGGAAAAGGACGUCGGUCUGGCCGAGGACGUCAAUGCAACUAGUAGUUUCCAGCAGGAACCAUCAGAAGCGCGGCCGUCGUGUGAAACUCCUGCGAUGUCGGAGGAUAAUUUCGACGGCGAUAGCGUUCCGUCGCCGUCGGCGCAGGACGUCAACACGAGCACCGAGGCGAUUUUGGAUAUGAUAGAUGAAAUCGUCGACGGCCCUGGCGCACCGAAGCGGGUACCGCAAGCAUCAGAAUUUGUUGAGACGCGUUUUGACGAGCUCGAAAUCAUCAGUGAACACGCGAAUAUCAUACAGGAAUCAACUAAGAGCGAAUGCGAGGACUCCUUUGCACCGCCGGUGCUAGCAUCAUCUGCCGACAGUGCCAAAAGCGAACCAUUGCUUGAAGAAGCAGGCAAAGAUUCACAAGCCGAAUCCUCCUCUAUUAGUGAUAAAUCGCCAGACACUUUAAAUGCAAAUAGUGUGGAUUCAUUACCAGAAAGUUUAUCUCUGCCUGAGAGUAAUGAGCCUGCAGUGUUUACACAACCGGAAGACAGUCAGACAAGUAGUCUGUCAGAAGAGGUGCCUGAGGCCCCUGUUGCAUGCCCUCCGCCUGAUGAGGGACCUCAGGAACCAGCUAGAAGUCCUGCAAUCAAUGAGGUACCAGAGGCGCCAAGUAGUCCUCCGUGUAAUGUGGUACCUGAGGCACCAGCCAGUUGCUCAUUGCCCAAUGUGGUACCUGAGGCCCCUACAAGCUGCCCGCCACCUAUUCCUUCCAGCAGUGAAGAAAAGACUGUGCAAAACAAUUCAGAUGUUAGUGCGUGUGAAACACAGGAACAAACAGUGAAAUGUGUGUCAUCCAGUGAUAGUAGGGACAAUGUGACUGUAGAAAGUGCAGAAUCAACGUCUAGUGAUAGUAGUGUAAGUGAGGGUAAAGCAGUGCUCGUGGAACCACAGGUGCGGUCUCCGCUCCGACGGCGACUGAUACGGCCCGCACCUAGUGACAGACGACCGGACUCUACUGUGUCCUCGACAGUUGAUUCACAAGUUGUUCAUUUACCCGCUACUGAACAAAAAAGUAGUGAAAGUAUCACCAAGGAUGUGACAAGUUCAUCUGAUGCUGUGCCCACAAUACAUGGUAAUGUAAAACCAGAAGAGAUUAGAAAUGUAAGUGAAAUUAACUUCUGCAAAGCAGAAACUUCUGUGAGUCCUCCUAAAAAAAUUAAGCUUAUUAGGCAAAAAGUUAUUACUGGUACUAGUAAUAGAGAAUCUUCUGUUAAUCAAUCAGCUAUUCAAUCAGAUAAGGAUCAGUGUCAAUCAACUUCAUCUGAUAACAAUUCAAUACUCUUGCCUGAGCCUCAAAUAGAAUCUUCAAAUACUGUUAGUAUCCCUCAAUCUCAAGAUGUCAAUGAAGCAUCUACUGUCAGCAAUUGUGUAUCAGAAAAGCCUGUUAAAAGUCCCGAACAGUCACUUUGCUCUGUAGGACAUCCCCAACCCAGUAUAGAACAUCAGCUACCAAACCAAGAUGCUGAAAAACACAUUGAAAAUGAACAAGUUGCACCCGCAGAGCCUAGCAUAUGUCUACCAAAUGCUUCAGAGCCAAUUUCUGAGGCUGAUGUUAAUACUAGCGAAAUAGUACAAGAAGUUAGUAGUAUGCCAGAUCCAAGUCCAGCUGAGCUUCCUGAGGAAGUAAAAUUAAAUGAUAUUGGCCAGAGCAGUGAACAUAAUGUAGAUCAUGAUAUAUGCAAAGACUCAAAAGAAGAAAGCACUCAAAAUGAAGAGCUGAUACCAGAAAAUACAAAGGAGGAUCAAUCAAAUGUAUCAACAUCAGAAAAUUCUGAACCAGAAAAUACAAGUAAAGAAGUUUUACCUGAUCAACAGAAGGUUCCACCUAUUAAACUCAACUUAUCUAUGUCUAAUCUGUCUGAAUCUAAAUUAGAGGCAGAACAAACCAGUAUUAGUAAAAACAGUGUUAUUCAUGAAGAAUCUGAAGUCAAACAGGUUCCAAAAUUAACAAUCAAACUAAAACAACCUGAUGAAGUUAAAUCACCUGUACCUAAAGUAACAAUAAAACCCAUCAGGCCACCUGUUGAUCAAAAUACUGAAGAUCUAAAUGAAGUCCAGCCAGUACCAAGUGUAACUAAAAUAAAUAUAAAGCCCAUUCUGAAACCUCCAGAAAAUUCAAAUGAGAAGUCAAUAAAAUCACAGCAUGGUGAUGAUAGAUCAAUGAACUCCAGCGAACAAUUACCUUGUAUCACAAAGUUAAAUAUUAAACCAAUUCCUAAACCACCAGAGAAAAUAAACGAUAUUCAUAGAAAAUCUAGUAGUAGUGAAAUAUCUGAAUCGGAAUAUUCCGAAAAUGAUGAAACUAGUACUUCAGAUCAAGCAUCUACUUCUGACCAAGGACCCUCUGAUGUUGUUCCAAAGGUUACUAUAAAACUAGGAAAACCUGGCACUGAAAGUGAAGGUAAAUUUUAUACAGAGAAAAAUGUCCCAAAACUUACCAUAAAAGGUUUUCAACCAGAAGAUAAUGAAGAAUCAGAACCAAAAUUAAAGUUGGUUAUCAGCCAAUCUGAGUUAUCUUCAGACACACAACCAGAGAAGAUCCCUAAACUGACUAUAAAAACAGUAUCAAAAUCAGAAAGCCAGCCACUUAGUCCAAAGCUCACUAUUAAACCAAUAAAACCCCCAGAUACUACAAAUAAAGAUGAAAUUCCUAAAAUUAAGAUAUCUGCAGAAUCAUUCACUUCAUCUAGCGAAUUUAAGGAAAGUUCACAUGUGCCUAAAAUUACGAUUAAACCUGUAACAAGGUCAAGUACAGCAAUGUGUGACAGUCCUGAACAUAUCCCUGUAGUAACGAAAUUGAACAUCAAGCCUAUUGUGAAACCUACAGACAGCGGAGAGCCCUCCGAGGACUUUGAUGAUAAAGUUCCUGUAGUUUCAAAAUUAAAUAUAAAACCUGUAAUAAAGCCUAAAGAUAAUGAUGUAGAUUCUAGUGUAGAUGAUGUACCUAAAAUUACUAAAUUAAAUAUUAAACCAAUAAAGAAUCCUGAGGAGAAUUCUUCAGAAGAAAAAGACUGUGAUGAAAUGAAUGCUGACAUUGAUGAAAAUAGUAUACCUGUUGUUACUAAAAUUAAUAUUAAGCCUAUUAUUAAGCCUCAAGAUGAAGAAACAUUAAAGGAUUCUGAAAACCAAUCAUCCGAGACUGGAAAUUCAAGUGAUGACAAUGGAGAUCAUAUACCUGUUGUUACAAAAUUAAAUAUUAAACCUAUCAUAAAACCUGAUAGCUUAGAUGAAUCAUCUAAAACAGUUUCAUCAAGUGAACAAAGCAUUCCUGUUGUAACUAAACUAAAUAUUAAACCAUUGGUAAAACCAGGAGAAAGUAUCUCUCCCUCAUCUCCCAAAAAGGAACAUUCGAAAAUUGAUGGUCUCAGUCCGAUAAUACCAGUUGUUACUAAACUAAAUAUAAAACCUAUUGUUAGGCCAGAAGAAGCUGAACUAGCAAAAUCUAAGGAUGAGUCUGUGGAAAAAACGGUUGUCAAGAAUCCCCCUCUGGUUAUGAAAAUAAACAUGAAGACUAUGGCUGAGAAUUAUAAUAAUGAACAUGCUUGCAACAAUUUUAGCGAUGAAACACUGUCUAUGUCGCCUAAAAGUAUGAAGGUAGCUAAUGCGUUAGAAAAUAAAACUGAAACGUGCUUGGAAAACAAGAAUAUUAAAAGAACGUGUGAAACAGUCAAUGAUGUAACUACUUCAGUAAAGGAACAUUCUGCUGAAGAAAAAUCUAAACAAAACUGUGUACCUGACUUAAUUGAGGAGAAAAAAGAAAAUGAUGAUAGAGCACAGAGUUCAUCAGUAAAUGAAAAGCCAACACAAUCGGCUAAUGCUGCUGAUAAUGAUUCUUUAGUUACUGGGUCCAAUCACCCUGAGACUGGUACAGAGAAAAACCCUAAUAUUGUAAAUGAAAGUCCCUCUAGCAAAGAAUUAAAAAAUAUUAAUUAUGCACCUACAGAUGGUAGUAAAGAUUCAAGUAUGAAGCAAACAACAGGGAGACAGAAAAUGUCAUCAUUACAGAAUUGUAUCUUACUGAAAAAGCUUUUGGAAAGUACCAAACCCAGUUUAGAUAAGGACCAAGAGCCGCCUUCAACAACAGUAAACUAUGAUGCAUCAACUGAGAAAAAUGAUAAAAAUGUGGUGAACAGUGAUCAUUUAGAUCAAUCAGGAAAUUCCAGUUUAGGAAGAAAUAAUUCUGGCAUUCCUGAUAUUAAUGAAAAGAAAAGUCCUACUCCUGAUAAGAUGAAGGAUUUAAAUAAAGCAUUGGAGUCAGAUAUACAUUCUUCACAAGAACUUCGUGAUAAACCAGUAGAGAAUGUUACUAAGCCAUUAGAAAUCAUAAUAUCAGAUAAAAUUACAAAUCAAAGUUCAGGCCAAGAUUCUCCAAGAAUAAUAUUAAAAAUUAAUAAGACUGACCAUGGUCCCUCAGCUAAAAUAAUCACUGAAGAUGUGGUGCGGCCAGAAACGCAACAGAAUUUUACCGAAAAUACUCAAGAAAUAUUAAAUGAUAAGCAAAGUCCAAAAAAAUAUGCAAAUAGUAGGAGAAAACAAACAAUGGAUACAUCAUUGAAUUUAUCAACAGGGAAACGAUUACGAAGCUCAAGAAUUGUUGAAAAUACAGAGAAGACCCCUAUUGCAAAGCGAAAUAUGGGCAAACGGCCGUCUACUACAGAAACUAGCCCUACUCAAAAUAAAGAAUCUGACCUUUCUCUAUUACAAAGUAAGAGAUUAAAAUUAGGACAACUUUUAUCUAACAAGUCUUUAUCCAUAACUCCUGUUUCGAAAUCACCUCCAUCACCUACAAAAUCAAGUAUAGACAUGAAACAAGGAGUUAAAACUGUUAAUCAUGCCUUGUUGAAUAACGAAAACUGUUCAAAGAAUGGCAACUCAAAGUUACACAAUAUUCUAUCGAAUUUACAAGCACAACAAAUGCAAUCAUUACCUUACUCACUUACAAAUUGUUCAGAAAAAGCUCAAACUGUGGCUUCAGAUAUAGAAUUAAAUGCCUCAGUGAGCAACUCGGAUGCGGUUGAAAUUGCUCAUGUAGAAAACUCGCAUCCGGAACUUCAGGAGAUGAUAAUAAAUGAAAACUCAGACUACCGCGACUUGACAGCUCCUGAGGAAGUUUCUCAGGAUCCUUUAGAAGUGAAGCCUGCUGAAGAACCGCCAGAAAUCGUCGACAUUCCUAAGCCAGUGGAAUUAACGCCACAACCUAAGAAACGCGGCCGACCACGGAAACUGCCAGUGUCGGAAGGCGCAAAACCUGUAACAUUGCCAGUUCCCGCCCUUGAGGAGCGGCCACAGCGGUCACUCCGUCUUAUGAGGGACAGGCCGACAAUAUUGCAGAAGCCGCGCGGUCGUGGUCGAGGCCGGGGAGGCAGACGCGUAGAAACCACGCCGCCCACGGAGCUCGAGACCAUCGUAGUUAUAGAACCCGCGGACGAGCCCGAAGACCGGCCGCCUGCCGCUGAGAUCGACCCAACCAGCUCGAGAAUCAAGCUACCACGGAUGACGGAGGCUCUCGACAAUAUGCCCUCGUCCUGUGUAACACCAUUAUCGAGUCGACGGCGAAAUUCCUCAGGGAAUUUCUCUAGUGAAACUCCGGAGCUAAAGGUUAUGGUCGAAGGCUCGAAAUUAGAUGAAUUCACGAAGACUCCAGAAGCCUGCGGUUCAGCGAGAGGACGGGGUAGUCGAGGCGGGCGAGGGGGACGCGGGCGGACGCCGCGCGGCCGUGGCCGGGGGAGGGGUGGCGGCCGCGGCGCUAUGUACAUGAAGGAAACUAUGGGCAUCUACGGGCGAGUGUGUGGUCCAGCUACUACAACGGUGCAGCUGUUCGAAGAAGAAACAUGUAUGAUGGACGAUAACGCUACGCCCGCCAAACCCUCACACUUACUCGACGAGGAUUCUCAAAGUUCCGUGAAGAGUUCGACAAAUGACAGCAAUAAACUGAAGAAAUCUAAAUUCGCUGAUUUGUUCGACAGUAAUAAGGUGUGGACGGCCGCCGAUGUAAAGGAAUACACAUGGCCGCCUCCUGAUAAGGCUGAUGUUGAACAUAAGGUGAUGAUGAUACAAGAGCAAGUGGCGAUGUUCUUAGGGGUGAAAAGCUUCAAGCGACGGUAUGCUGAACUUCAGAGGCGGACAAUCUCCGGUGAGGAAAGGGACUAUGUACUCAGUAAAGGUCUCGUGACUGAAGCAUUAUGUGACCUUGGAAUCACCGCGGUGGACGCCAGUGAAGUACUGGACAUCAUGUUAUCAGACUACCCCCAUAAAUACGAAGAGUACCGGUCGCACCAACGGCAGAAACAACUGACUGAAACUGUCGAGGAACCGGUGGUAGAUGUCAAAACUGAAGAAAAGGUCGUUAAGGUGGAAAUGAAACCGGAAAAACCGGUCGAACAUAAACCUGAACUGCCGAAAAUUGAUCCCGAGAAGACAAGACAGGACAUGGCGAUGGCGGCGAUAGCGUCGGCGAGCGAGUGGAACGCGCGCAACAACGCGCUGCGGCGCGGCGCCUGCGCGGACCUGCAGUCGCUCACCGUGCUGCGGCCCCGCCCCGCGCCCCGCGCCCCCGCGCGGCCCCAUCUGCGCCCGCCCGCCGGCUUCUACCCGCACGCGCUGCUGCCCGGCCAGUACCAGCACUCCUACCGCGUCUACACGCCCGACCAGCUCAGGUACUUCCCGCUGAACACCGUGGUAGCGGCACCGCCGGCCCCCGCGUCAGAAGACUGGAGUUCGGAGUCGGAACCCGAUUGGGGCUCGCGAUUCUCUUCCUCUGAUGAUUCUGACGUGCCCACUCAUCAUUCUGCUAAGCGCAAAAAGCUUACGAAGACGAAGCGCAGCAGUCACACAGAAGUGGGCGGCAGCAGCAAGGAGGAUAGCCGGGCGACGGAGGAGGUGGACCUGUGCCGCGUGUGCAAGAUGCGGCUCGAGGCCAACCGCCGCUACACGCACGAGCGCUUCCUCGUCUGUGCACACUGCAACGCCAAGCUGCACCCGUCAUGCCUGGAGCUGAGCGCGGACACGAUCCGCAAGUGCCGCGAGUACGCGUGGCAGUGCGCCGAGUGCAAGUCGUGCUGCGCCUGCCGCCAGCCCGCCGACGACGACAAGAUGCUGUUCUGCGACCUCUGCGACCGCGGCUUCCAUAUCUACUGCGUCGGACUCGACACCGUGCCUAGCGGGCGAUGGCACUGCGUGGAGUGCGCGGUGUGCAAGUCGUGCGGCGCGCGGGCGCCGGGCGGCGACUGGCACCACCAGACGCGGCGCGGGCCCGGCGGCCACAAGCUCUACUCGCACUCGCUCUGCACGCCCUGCGCCAGGGCGUAUCGCAUCGGUCGCUACUGCCCGCUCUGCGAGCGCUCCUUCAUCGGCCCGAAGGGGACAAUGCAGCUCGUCAUAUGUAAGCUCUGCGAUAGGCAACUGCAUCAAGAGUGCGUUAGGCAGACGGUGUCGAGCCUGAACGUGCUGGACUACACGUGCGCGGAGUGCCGGCGCGGCGGCAUCACGUCCCGCGCGGCCGCCGUGCGCCUGGCGCCGCGCACCAUCGCCACGCUGUUCAUGGCCAAGCGCCGCUUCAACAAGUACGCGCACCGCCAGUACCUCGCGUCCCGCCAGCGCGACGCCGCGGCCGCCGCCGACUCGCGCGACGCGGCGCCCGAGCGCGUGGACGUGCUGCACGACGGCUCCGACGCGUCCGAGCCCGCCGAGCCCGACCCCAGCGACCCGCUCGACGCCGCCGUCUGAACCCGGACUCGUACCGACCGUGUAAUAUAUGUAGCUGUUGUUAGUUCAUAACUCUUAUUCGCUUCGGUACUACGGUUGUAAGGUAAACUGUUACAUAAAUCUGAUUAAUAUAACGAUUAACCGAUAGGCUACGUACGUGUAAGUUGUCGGAUAGUGAGGAGAUACUAGUGUAUUGUCUCUUUGUGUUAUCGCUGCGUUUUCUUUGUGAGAUGUCGCGAUUACGAUCCCGGAGGAGCCGGACCUGUCGAAAUAUUAUGUAUAUUAUUAUAUCCCUAGUGGGAGUUAGACGGUUUGAUUUAACAGAAGAUAAAGAUCAUAAAAGUGGUUAGAUAGAUAGCUGUAGAUCGCAGGACUUUUAACAUGUAAACUGUACAGUAAUUUAAUACUAACUUCACUAUAUGGGUAGCUGGGCAAUCAUACUAUUUUUAAUAUCAUAGAUUUGAUUUAAAGUAUCCUGCAAGACAAAUCAUGUAUUGUACUGUGUAUUCGUCCACAAUUGGUUAUGUUACAAGUGAAUAGAUUACGAGAGAUUGUGUAGUUGUGCUGUUAUUAUAUUUUACGAGAGGAUGAUGAUUUCACUGUGUCAAUCAUGUUCGUUCUAUGUGUCAACUCUAUAUUAGAACUGUAAACGGACGUGGUAUCUUUUGUCAUUUACGAAUUAAUUAGUUCUCAGGAAUACAAAAUAAAAUAAAUGCAUACAAUAGAAAUCUGCCUUUUAAUGCAUUUUUGAAUUUUGUUUCUAAAUUGUUAUUUUUUAUUUGUCACUGGUGUUUAUGAAUCGAUUCACAUGCUAUUGAAGACAGUGCGCAUUUUGUUUUAUUUUUGAUAUAGUAUAAUUUUUAGAUUAUCGUUAAUUUCGCUUAAUAAGGUAUUUAUUUUAGUUGUACUUUUAUAUGGAUACAGCUGUAUACAAUCUUAUGUCCCAGUUAAUAUUCGUGGAGGAUUGUUACAUGAUCGUAGGGAAUUAUUGAAUUGAUCAGGACUGGAGAGCUAUGAUAGAUUCUGUUGCCUGAAAUGAGUUUUAUUUAUGAAUCGAUUGGGUAUGAUUUAAGAAAUGUUUCCCCCUAAUACGCACUUUAUGAAAGUUGUUGAUUAAUUACACUAUUUUAGAUUAUUUUAUAAGAUUUUUAUCGUUUCUGUAUUUUAAUUAUUGUACGAAUGAAAUUCAGCAGCUCUUCUUUCAAGUGACAUUUUAUUGUUUUUCUUACUUAAUUUCAAAGUACAAAACACAUAGGCUACCUUAUGUACUAUUUUACUAGCACUCGUUCUGGAAGGCAAUAUGAACCCAAUGAAUAAAUAUAGUUUUAUAGAAAGAUCAAAUAAAUUAUUUAACUCAGAGUAUAAUAUGUUUAUUUUACAUUAUGAGAAAAUUAUUUAUUUAUGACUAUGGUGUUACAAAGAUAGUAUUAAAUAUAGCUGAAUUGGGUGGUAUUCAUUUCCAGGGCGAAUCCGGAAAUGACUGGCCGGGAGCUAUUGCGGUCACAGGUAUUCGUUUUCGGUAUACGUAACAUUCGAUUCAACAAGUGUAUGCAUUUGCUGUACUUAUGAUAUAAUCUCUGCGCGCUAUCGUCUUUUAACCACUGCUGUGUGCAAUUAUCCCCAUAAUGUUGUGUAUUAUAUCUUGUAUUAGAACUAUAUUGUGUAAGCAGGCGAUGACCUUAGUAACUUCAUUGAAUAUUGACACUAAUGUAUCAAUGUUUUAGUUUAUAAUUAUGCUUUGGUUAAUAUUAAUCAUAAUUUACUUAUUAGUGAUGACUUUUAAGAUAAAAUUUUAUGUCCUCGAAAUCAUGAUAAACUUUUAUACAAUAUACACAACUGAUCCUGGUGUGGCUGACACCGUAAUUCGCAUUGCUUUAUCGACACAGGUGAAUUUGUAAGACUUACUUGUAAGAGAAUAAUGAUAACUUUAUGUCUACUUAAUGCAAGUGUAAACGUUCUAGAAAUCUCGCACUGUUCGGUCAAUUUUGUAAAAAAAGAUAAAAUAAAUUUUAAUUUGAA